CUAUAGCAACCUUUUGUUUUGCUUCAGAUAUUGCUUGAGACUGAUUUUGUCAUAGUGUAUUCAGCCUUGCUAAUUCACAUGAUUCUCAUUCUUUUCAGUAUCGGGUCGGUCUGAUUGUCGCUGUUCGAGAUAUCGCAAUUUCCCUAUUUCCUUACGAUCAAAGCCUGUUCUGGAGUCUGGUUGAAUUGGCAAGAUCUUGGUAGUAGAUGAUGGGCAUGGCGAGAGAAGAUGAAGAUUGUGGAUGGUAAAUGCUUUGCGUCAAUCCACACCAAGCCUAUCCAAAGUAGAACUCCGCAUUCGUUGCAGUCGUCAUCAAACAGUUGAAGUUGUGCACGGGGUAUUGAAUUCCACCUCUAUCAAGAUGGAUCUACAGCAUGCCCAAAUCGUCGGCAAAUCUUCGGGUUUUCGUUUGAUACGUGAAACCACUUGCCGGACAGAAAAGAAAGCUAGUUGGAACAAUCAGCGCAGUGUGAAGAAUUUCAGAAGAUGCAGGACGUCUAUAAAAGCAACCGGAGGACCCGGACAGGGUGGCACCGAACUGGAGCUGCAACUGCACAUGAAAUCUUUUAGUCAGAGACAAACGUCAACCUCUCUGAUACAAGCGCCAGCUGGAAGAAAUUCGGAUUUUGGCUAUUUGUGUUCUCAAGAAAACAGUCGAAUCGCAGCCGUACUUCGCAGGGAAAGAUUUUUUGCUAAAUCAUUCAGCAGCCGCUUUUCGACACCUGAAUUUCACGCCAGAGGACCACCUUCAGCACGCCAAAUAACCAAGUCACUCCCCGAAAACAACGUACUGAGGUCGGGAUUCUGCCGUUUGUAUGAUGCAUUGCGACAGUCGGGAAGUAACUUGUUUUCAGGAAUCGAAGCUUCGGGGUUUGGCCGCCGUUUUCUCAUAUCACUUUUAUCCUCGGCCCUCUUUGGAAUAGCCACUCAAACGCCACCCAGCUUAGGUGAAACUUUGCCACAUUUACCGAGCAUUGCAAGAAGCAUCGACUUGCCUUUACUUCCAACGGAGUUUCCUGAUUUGGGGGACAUAACCCCGCUAGCAUAUGAGCAGUUUACUUUGCCAAACGGACUGCGAGUAUUCUUAUUGGAAGAUCAUGAACUGGGCCUGGUUGGGGGUGAGCUACUUGUUCGAGGUGGUGGUAGGCUUGAGCCUGGAGACAAGGUGGGACUGGCUGCAAUGUCAGCUAUCGUUCAGCGAAGUGGAGGUACUCAAACACAUCCAGCCGAGGAGUUGGAUUCUAAGUUGGAGGUCAUGGCCGCCCGAAUAGAGGCAUCGUCGAGUGUGUCAGAAAUGACUGUUGGCUUCCGAUGCUUGACGGAGGACGUGAACACUGUGUUCUCUUUGUUUUCUGAAGUGGUACAGGAACCUCUGAUGCCGCAGGAAAAGUUGGAGUUCACGCGUUCUCAGUUUUUAGGAGGUAUAGCUAGGCGCGCAGAUGAUGCAGGAGGUAUAGCCGCGAGAGAGUUCAGUAAACUUCUCUACGGCAGUGAAAGUGUAUAUGCUCGUGUGCCUGAAAUUUCUACGGUCAAUGCUAUUAGCAGAGAUGACCUGCGAGCCUUUCAUCGCCAGAAUUUCCGACCAGAGAAAGGAGUCCUUGGGAUCUGGGGUGAUUUUAAUUCAAAGGCUGUAAAAAAAAUGGUCGGGGACCGAUUUGGGGGUUGGACUGUCUCAACACAAGGUUCUCCCUUUCCGGUGUCAGACAUUGCUACUCCACUCGAAACUGGAUUCGCUUCUAGUACACCUUCUGUGUACGUCAUUGAUCGACCUGGAUUGACUCAGGGGUAUGUUCGUAUGGGGGAGUUUGGAACAACUUUAGCGGAUGACGAUGUGUUUGCCCUGGAUGUUCUCAACGGGAUCUUGAACGGUUUUGGAGGCCUUCUAUUUGAUGAGGUCCGAUCACGUGAGGGCCUCGCAUACUCCGUUUCAGGUGGCUGGUCACCUGCCAUUGAACACAGGGGAGCUUUCAUAGCAGGAGGUGAGACUCGAGUACAAGCCAUACCACAAUUUGUCCAAGCUGUGCAGCGGGUGCUUAAUAGCGUGACAUCAAAUCUUGCUGAUUCAGAUUCACUGGCGAGAGCUAAAGAAGCAGCUCUGAAUUCUUUCGUCUUCAACUUCGCAGACAGUGGUUCACAAUUAGUGCGGGUUCUCUCCUACGAGCUCUUUGGUAUUGAUCAAGAUUUCCUCUUCAAAUACAAAAGGGGAGUUGAGGCAACCACGGCCCUUGAUGUACUGAAAGCUGCACAACGCCAUCUCCAUCCAAAUGCGCAGCCUAUCUUGAUUGUCACUGAUGCUGAGAAAUUGGCCUCCGUGUCCUCCAUCUUCGAAGUUCCUGUUGUCAGCCUGAGGCCGAACUACGCCCCUCAAGCGGGGGCAGUCAUGAAAUGAUGGAAUAAUUAAACCUAGGAUCGGAAGGUCACAGUAGUCCGGACAGUCAAUUAGACAGCAUCUUUGUAACAGUAUCUGAAAUAAAUUGCUCUCAAAGUUUGCAAAUGAGCACUCUCAUGUCAUCGCGAGAAAGGUCAGCG